GGAAGAAGAGAGAGGAAGGCGGAGGAAGUGUGCUGUGUCUUUCUCUCUCUAGACGCAGGAAGAAGAGAGAGGAAGGCGGAGGAAGUGAAGUGUGCUGUGUUUCUCUCUACUUUAAGACACAGGAAGAAGAGAGAGAAAGGGUGUUGUGUUACUUUCUCUCUCUAAGUCGUCGUGGUCUCUGUUCUCUCUCUCCCUCUUUGCUACACCGCCCGUUCCAACCCAUCGAACCUCUCUCUAACUCUUUCUCUCUCUAGAUCACCUUCGACUCAACGGACUCUCCCCUCCUCUCUCUCUCUCUACAUGCUGGAAUUGAACGUGCACAGGACGACGACGACUUUUGGCAACACAGUCCCACCUCUCUCUCUCUAAAGAGCCUCACAAACCCAAGAGUUUCUCUCUCUAAAGAACCUCACAAACCCAAGUCUCUCUCUCGACCUCAGAAACCCAUGUGUCUCUCUCUCGACCUCACAAACCCAAAAGUCUUUCUCACUCUAGACGACCUCCAAGUCCAACUCUCUCUUCACCAUCAUCCCUCUCGCUUUUCCCACUAUUAAACGGAUGCCCAAUCCCACUUGCUGGUGACUUUCAGGAACCAAAUCCGCCCUCUCUCUCUCUCUAGAGUCUAGGCCCCAUUAGUCUUUUUCUCUCUAGAGUCCUACCCAGCUCUUCCUCUCUGAGCCAUUCACAUCUCCUCGAGACGACUUUCAGUCUAACCCCCGUCUCUCUAUCUCUCUCUCUCUCUAUCAAUUGAUCAACUCACCCAUCUCUGUUUCUCAUCGAAAGGCACGCAGGAAAAGAGACGACCUUUAGAUAUCCAGCCCCAUCUGUCCAUCCUCUCCAUUCUGACUUCCUCAAUUGCACACCUCUCUCUCUCUCUCUCUCUCCCUCCCUCUUGGAAUUCACGUCUCUCUAUCUGGUAACCCAUCAACCGCCAUGGCUGGAAAAGAAGCUGGGGCAUCAAAAGAACCACCACCUCGCCCCACUAUAACCCUGCCAGGUCGCUCUUCAGUGGAGAAUUUUUUCAAAGGUGGCUCAGAUAUAAGCCCAGGACCCAUGACCCUGGUCACCUCCUUUUUCUCUGAGAACGAUGCUGAAACCGAGUGCCGCUCUUUCUCUCAGUUACUUGCAGGUGCCAUGGCCUCUCCCAAUGCCUUCCAUGGCCGGAAUCCGGCCUUUUCCAGUGGCAAUUCUGGUUUUUCUGGCGAGAAUUCUGGCCAGGAUUCUGUAACAGUGAAACAGAGUAGGCCUUUGAGUCUCGUGGUUUCGCCUCCGUCUUUCCUUACUAUCCCUCCAGGUCUUAGCCCGACAGGCCUUCUCGACUCGCCCGUCUUUAUAUCCUCUGCUCAGGGGCAGUUUGGUAUCUCCCACCAGCAAGCCCUAGCUCAGGUCACAGCUCAGGCUGCUCAAUCGCAAUCACAACUGCACUUCCAAGCAGAGUACCCUCCUUCAAUCUCAGCACCUUCUUUGACCCAUUCAGCUCCUCCUCCUCCUGUCAACGCAACUCCAAUACAACAGAGGAUGCCUUCAGCAUCAGAUGGAAAAGAAUCUGGAGAGGUUUCUUACUCUGAGAGAAGGUCCCAUGCUCCUAUAGUGGUCGAUAAACCAUCUGACGAUGGUUACAAUUGGCGAAAGUAUGGGCAAAAGCAGGUGAAAGGAAGUGAAUAUCCUCGAAGUUAUUAUAAGUGUACCCACCCCAGUUGCCCGGUCAAGAAGAAGGUCGAGCGUAACCUAGAGGGGCAUGUGACGGAGAUAAUCUAUAAGGGUCAGCACAAUCAUGCAAUGCCUCAAACAAAUAAGCGUGUGAAAGAUGGUGGAUCUCUGGUUGGAGGCACUAGUGAAGGGAAUGGGAGCUCAGAUGCGAUUGCAAAAUCUGAGACAGGGGGUUACAGUGGUAGUUUGAGCAGUGUAAAUGCCCCUGGUCCCUCAAUGCAAAGGAGGGACCAGGAAUAUGGGCAGGGGACACCGGAUAAUAUGUCAGGCUCAAGUGAUGGUGAGGAAGCCGGCGGUGCCAUUGUUAAGGCAGAUGAUAGGCAUGAUGAUGAGCCCGAUCUAAAGAGAAGGAACAUAGCUGAUAGGGAGACACAAGUGAGUACUUCUCAUAGAACAGUCACUGAGCCUAGGAUUAUCGUGCAGACGACGAGUGAGGUUGAUUUGUUAGAUGAUGGCUACAGGUGGCGCAAGUAUGGGCAGAAAGUAGUGAAAGGGAACCCUCAUCCUAGGAGUUAUUAUAAAUGCACAAAUGUGGGUUGCAAUGUCCGAAAACAUGUGGAGAGAGCCUCGAAUGAUGCAAGGUCUGUAAUCACAACAUAUGAGGGGAAGCAUAAUCACGAUGUCCCGGCUGCUAAGAACAGCAGCCAUAACACUAUGCCCAUGGCUACGGGUAAAAUUUCGAGUACGCCUUUGGACAAACAGGCUACUACACUUCAAAGCACAGGUGUCUCGAGACCAAAAGAAGAGCCAUUCUCAGGUCUUCUGACCCAAAACCCGGGUCCGAAAUGAAUGGACUGUGCAGGAUAUUUAUCAGAAUUUUGCUUUUUGUCAGGUCUGAGAAAGAAAUUGGAUUCAAAUGCCAUCAUGGCCUGUAUUUGAUCGGCUUGGGCAGUUGGGUUAGAUGUAUAUUUGAUGACCCAGCCUGAGUGAGGAGGCCUUGGUAUGUACAAUUGUUCUCUCUUCCCUUCUUUUUUUGGUGUACAUUCUUUGGUAUUUUAUUGAGAUGGAGGAUGAUGCUUAUGAUUAUAUUGGCACAAAACUCCUCAGGGCCCAUCCCUUGUUGCAGAGUAUAUAAGAAGUAAUUUAUGAGGUGAUUUUAUGGCAAUGACACAGGGCUCCUUUGGUUGCGCUCCUCUCCUGAGAUGUGAAAGGUUGGGCCUCUUACCCUGCUGGGAUAUCAAAUUUGGGCUUCAUACUCUGUUGGGAUAUCAUGUUGGGGUUAAGAUAAUGAGUGAAACACUAUGAAUGGAAUACAGUACAAGAGAUUUUGAUGGUGAAUGCUCUCUCUCUUGGCCCAUUAUGUUAGGGCCAUCUCUCUCUCUCUCAA